ACUCGGGUUCUUCGAUGGUCGCAACUUUUUCAGACCAUUUUCCCUUUAAUUGUAAAUUGUUCUCGUAAUUCCACUUAAUUGCGACGAAGAUGAGGUUUAGACUUUUUAAUCCCUUUCUAAUUUCGCGAAUUAUACGCACUCGGACGAAAUAUAGAAAGAUGGAACGAUUAAAAAGGGUUUCUAUCGCUGAAAUAAAAGAAUGUCACCUAAUGUUCGUCAUGUUCUUGGAUUUUGAAAUAUCAAAGAAUAGCUUUUAGAUCGUUCGUUAACUUUUGACAAACAUUCAAGAAAUCAAGAUGACUAAAUUAUUAAUCACCAUUUCAUAGAAAAUUUACCGAACUUCCCGUUCCAUAUUCUUCUCUUUUUCCGUCCGACUGCAGUUGUUUUCUAUCGGAUGUUAACGAAGCAAUACGAUGUUUGCAAUAACAGUCGCCGAUGUCCCUUGCGGUCAAGGAAACAUCGCCACACGCACGGCGAGACUCGUUGGAGGACAAAAUGCAAUUCCUCACGAAUUCCCUUGGAUGGUGAGCAUAAGCAGGAAAGGCGGACACUUUUGCGGCGGUACCAUACUUAAUUCAAGAUUCGUCCUGACUGCAGCCCAUUGCCUGUGUUCAGGGAGUUCUAUAAUCCCCACCGGUCAAUUACGGAUCAGCCUCGGCGAGUACAAUCUGAAGGGGCCGGAAGUUCCAGCAUCGAAGGAAGAGAGAGUGACGAACGUUAUCCUGCACCCUGGCCACAAGUGCGGAAAAUACGUGGACGAUAUUGCCCUUCUGGAACUUGCAAGGCCAAUCGCUUGGUCGGAGAGCGUGAAACCCGCCUGUUUACCUGUGGCCACAGGGAAACCAGGGUAUAGCGCCUUCGGCGGGGAACUCGCCAAGGCUGCUGGAUGGGGUUGGUUCGGCGAAGACAGGUCCAAAUAUAAACGAGCGGACGUGUUGCAGAAAGUGGAGGUUCGCGUGAUCGAGAACAACGUAUGUCGCGAGUGGUACGCGAGUCAGGGAAAGUCGACCCGCGUCGAGUCGAAGCAAAUGUGUGCUGGCCACGAAGAAGGUGGCCGCGACUCUUGCUGGGCUGAUAGUGGCGGACCUUUGAUGAUCGGAAGUCAAGCCGAUGGUAACAUAAUGGUGGUGGGGGUGGUCUCAUCAGGAGUGGGUUGCGCUCGACCACGACUUCCGGGUGUAUACACUAGAGUCUCGGAAUACAUACCCUGGAUCACGCAACACGUACUACGAUGAAACGAAACUCGAAGCUUCAUUCGCUUCACUUUCCACGGAACUGUCUGUAUAGACUUCGAAACGCAUUUUCUCUUCGUGUAUUUAAAGAGAAAGAGCGAAGUACCGUAAGAAGAUCGAUCUUGUCAAAUAUGUAACGUAUUCUUUUCGUUGAAGAAACUUCGAAGCUAAAAACCAAUGCUUGAAUUAGUCUUAAUGGAGAUCCUUAAAUUAUUAAAAACUUACUUUAAAAGAUAGAUGUAGAAAACUAAUAUAAAGUAUAAGACGUGAUUUGUAAUACAAAUUUCGUCGAUUGCAACAAGACUAUAGAAUUAUAGAAUAAA